AAUCCGUCGCGUGAAGUGUGACGAGGGGAAACCUGCUUGUCUCCGGUGCACAUCCACCGGCCGGACCUGCGAUGGCUAUGACAAGUUCGCUCUCGCCCGAUACAACUCGCCGGGCGCCAGCCAAAUGGCCGAGAAGGCGCGAGCCGAGUUUGUCCGGGCCUGCGAGUGGAACGAGUCCCUCAGGUCUAUGCGCCGAAUCGAGGCCGACAUCGACGGCACCGAGACUGAGAGGCGCUUGUUUGCCCGCUUCCGCGCGGCCACGGCCGGCCGCGUCUCCGCCCAGUUCUGCAACUUCGCCGCCUUCUGGUCGAGAUUGAACCCCUUGACCGGUUCUCAGGACGAGGCCGUCAAGCACGCUGUGGUGGCUCUGGCAGCCGCCUACCAGAUUUUCCAGUAUCCGCACGAGCCCGCGAUCGACGGCCUCAGCCGGGCCGACCUCGAAGUCCUCACGAUCCAGCAUUACAACCGAUCCAUCGAGCGGCUACAGACCCACGCCGGCUCUUCGGCCAUCGAGAGCGUCCGUCUCACCCUUGUCUGCUGUCUGGCUUUCGUCUCGCUCGAGUCCCUUCGCGGGAAUCACGAAGUGGCCGUCACUCACCUGACCAACGGUCUGCGUAUCCUCCAGUCCCUCCCCGACUCCGCCUUCGACUUCCUCGCCGACCGCUCCGUCUUCGUCUGGCCUUUCGACCUGCAGGGGACCUCCCUUCAGAUUCCCGACAUCAUCCGGCUAUUCGCCCGGUUCGAACGCUCGGCCUGCUUCUUCACACACGGCAUCCAACCCGUCGUCUCGGAGCGUGCUUACCGCGCUCGCCGCUUCGACGACGGCUCUAGCGACUCGCUCUUCCCCGACAUAGCCCAUGCUCGCAUGGCCAUGUCCUGCUUCCAGCACGACGUCAUGGCCCGUAUGCACGAGAUCGCCGCCGCCGCCGCCGCCGGGGACUCGUCGUCCGCCGUCGUGUUCUGGGCCGACCCCGUCCAGCAGCGUCAACAGGCCUGCCUCGUCGCCCGAAGCGCCCGUCUCGGCCUCCUCGUAGCCGACUUCUGCUCUCCAUCCCGUUUCGGCACCCUCGACCCAACCAGUCCGGAACUCUUCGCCCUCUACCUCGACCUCAUUUACUUUCUCUGUGCUCGGUUUAUCAUCGCCAACGCCGCAGGCGGCACCACCUUCACUCCCAACGCCAACCCUUUCCCCGCCACCUCUCAACACCUAAAUCACCACCUCCACCAUCCAACCCUUCCUCUACCGCCUCCGUUGGCAAACGAUCAACUCGACGCCCCAGCCACGUCCUUCCUUCACCCAAUCCUCCAUUUUACUUCCAGACUUUUCGCCGCUUCCAUCUCCCAACAGCAACAGCAGCAGCAACAGCAACAACAACAACGACAACCUGUUCGCACCCCAACAAACCUUCACACCCACCUUCUCGGCCCCCUCUAUCUCGUCGCAGCUCACAUCCCAGAUCCCCAUAACCCCACACGAGCCGCGGCAGACAACCUCCUAGCCCAAAUACUGACCCCCAACGGUGAGAGCCGGGGGGUGCCAAACAUGACGGCGACGAUGACGGUCGACACUAGCUUGAUCGAGCGGGCAAUCGACAACGAACUGAAGAUGAGGGGUCGGGCAGGAGGAGGAGGAGGAGCAGAGCCGCCAAGGGCAUUGACGGGGCCCGGGUGUCUACCUUUCCUAUGGGACGCUCUGGUCCGUCGAUCCUGAUCUCUCUCAAUCGAUGGGUGAUAGCGAGAGUGUAAGACAGACAGACACACACACACACACACACACACACAGAGAGAGAGAGAGA